AUGGAUGGUGGCUCUCCUGUAGAUCUCGACUCGUCUUGGCAAUACGAUAUUCCGCCUGAUGAAAAUGACAACGACCACGAUAUACACAUUGAGACAUCUGGAGUAUCGGCAAGUCACGAUGCACCAGAUGGAAAGCAGUAUCGACCUACUAUGAAGGCCAUUGGUUCAAUGACCGAGAACACCAGCAAUCAAUCAUCCCCAGCCACGAAGUUGCAGCAGCACUUGAGUGAAAAGCCAGACGAUGGGGAGGAACACACUCCCGCAUGGAUCGAGCUCAAGACGAAAGCUGGCAAAGAACGGAAAAGACUGCCCCUAGCAUGUAUCGCUUGUCGGCGUAAGAAAAUCAAAUGCUCCGGAGAAAAGCCAGCGUGUAAACAUUGUCUCAAGGCACGAACGCCGUGUGUCUACAAGGUGACAACUCGGAAAGCAGCUCCAAGGACUGACUACAUGGCAAUGUUGGACAGGCGCUUGAAGAGGAUGGAAGAUCGUGUCAUCAAGAUCAUCCCGAAGGAGGAUUUACCAGAUACUUCACAAAGAUCUUCAGUACGUCCUCCACUUCCAGGGACCAGACUUGACGAAAGAAACGAAGAGACUGGCAAGCGUCCACUCGAUGAAGCUUUCGAACGAGAGCUCCGAGAUUGGUCUAAACCACGAACUGGAAGUACUCAACUCGACACAGCGGCGAAAACAAAAACGUUUCGAGACUCCGAGAACAGACUCUUCACUGAAGGUGUCGAUGCUUUACCACCGUCACAGAUCCAGGAACAUCUAGCAGAAGUGUUCUUUGACUGCGUAUAUGGCCAAGCAUAUCUUCUUCUGCACAAGCCGAGUUUCAUGAGGAAACUGAAAGCAGGAGCCGUGCCGCCUGUCCUGAUGCUGUCAAUAUGUGCAAUCUCUGCACGGUUCUCUACCCAUCCUCACAUGGAUACAGAACCUGCCUUUCUCCGUGGAGAGCAAUGGGCGACCCCGGCACGUUCCAUAGUUGAGAAACGCCAUUUUGAACCAAAUAUCACAAUCCUGACGUGUAUGGUAAUUCUGGGGCUGCACUAUUUUGGUACUUGUGAAGGUGGUCUUUCUUGGUCUUUUGGAGGACAAGCAAUGAGAAUGGGAUAUGCUCUACAACUGCACAAAGAGCUUGACCACGACUCUCUAGGCGUGGCACAAGCAGAAAGAGCAGCAGCAUCUGGGAAACCGGUACCACAAAUACCAGAAUUGUCAUUCCUCGACCGCGAGAUACGAAGAAGAACUAUGUGGGCGUGCUAUCUCAUGGACACGUUUAAUUCUUCCGGCACUGAACGACCCUCUUUUCUCAACGAGGACUACUUCUUCAUCCAGCUUCCAGUCAAAGAGUUGCAUUUCCAGAUGGAGAUACCAAGCCAUACGGAAGACAUCAACGGCCAUACUCCACUCAAUGUACCAAGUGAUGCGCUGGAUGACUCCACGAAUGAUGUCAAGUCUAACAUGGGUGUUGCCGCGUAUCUUAUCAGAGCUGUGGUAAUCUGGAAACGUGUUGUCAGGUAUCUCAACCUGGGUGGAAAAGAGAAGGAUCCGUACCCAAUUUGGGAUCCAUUAUCACAGUUCGCUGUUCUCCAGAGGCAAAUAACACAAUUGAAAUCUUCACUACCACCAUCACUGGAGUACAAUCAGGAGAAUUUACAGAUCCACGUGACCGAGCGCGUAGCCAACCAGUUUAUCUUCCUUCACAUCAUCAUCGCUCAGAACAGCUUAUUCCUACAUCGAUUUGCGAUACCAACAGCACCAAAUACGCAUCGACCGUAUCCUCCUAACACACCAAAAUCGUUUCUAGCGACUGCAGCAACUACUGUUCUAGAUGCAGCUUCACAUAUCUCAAAUCUCUUGGGAGACAGCACAGGGCAUACUUUGACAGCGCCAUUUGCGGGAUAUUGUGCAUACGCAAGUGCCACCGUGCAUAUUUGGGGGAUCUUUAGCAGGAAUCUCAUGCUUGAGAAGAGUUCCAGGGAUUGUCUCAGGCACAAUUACAGGUACUUGAACAGGAUGAAGAGGUACUGGGGAAUGUUUCACUACAUGGCAGAAAGUAUCAGAGAUGUUUACCGUUUGUUUGCUGAUGCAGCUGCUCGCGCGAAUAAAGCCUCGCAGUCCAAUCUUAUACCAAUGAUCAAUGGUCAAGCUGAUGUACUAGGGGACGGCGCAGUCGCAGCUGAGCAAAACUCGAGGGCCGCAAGUCCUAGUCUGGGCAAGGAUCUGGACGCCGAUUCAACACGAUCAAAACCGGAGGCGGCGAAAGUGCAAGUCUUCCAAUAUGGUGACUGGUUCAACAAAUAUCCGCAUGGUGUGUCAGAACAAGAAUGGGAAAAAACUCGUCUUCCUCAUCGUAGCGAAACACAGAAAGGCACAGAAGCAGUCAUGUCACAAAGAGCAGAGUCGCAAUCGGUUGAAGAGUUUUUCGCAAGCCUGACACCACCAAGUAAAGCUGAUGAAGGGCCAAGCAAGAAGAAACCAGCUCGGAAAAGGGGUAAGAGUAUGGCGGAAUCAACUAAAACCAAAGAGUUGAAUACAGAGCAUAGUCGGAAGCAGCCACCUCCCAGUCGAACACAAUCGUUGAUGGUAGAUGGAACAAAGACACCACGUCCGAAUCAACCACUCUCAUCAGCCAGCUUAUACCCUCUGUCAGAGCGCAACUGGCCUCAUCUCGGUAACGCGAACCCUGAUAUCGAUGUCCCCAUGUCUGGCGUCUCAGCAGGUCUACAAUCUGGGCAAGGUAACUCGGCAUUUGACUUAUCCUCGCCUUCUUCCCUCUUUCCGGCCUUCCAUACUACUACCGCACUAACUUCAAAUCCUCAACAAAACCAACACAACUCGCCUUUCGAGUAUACAUCUCCUGCCUCCUCGUCCAACACAGCCUCUGUUGCGAACAACACAAACAGUUCAAUCUCCGGUAUGAGCUUUAACUUCAACUACACUUCUGCAGUACCGCAACUCGACCGCGCAAUGGUCUUCGGCGGCUAUAGUGGCAUCGAUCCUGCUCAAUCUGGAGCCACUAAUGCUCUAAACAACCCCAACAUCGACUUCUGGAUGAAUCCUUGGGACGCAUCGAUCGGUAGCGUUGACGUGGAUGGCUUCUCUGGUUUCAAUGACCCUUCCCUUGGUCUCAGCGCAGGCACCGGGCCGUUGAGCGUCUCGUCUACCUCCAAUGCCGAUGAUAGACGGCGCAGCAGCGUCCAACAGCCGCGUCCGCAGCAGCGAGACACAAAGUCUGUCUAUGAGGACAUCAACAGGAACUUGGGUAACACCUCUCAGCACCAAAACAUGAGCAGUACAGCGUGGUUUAUGCCUUUCAACAUUGAGCCGCCCAACGCUUCGCUUUCGAACCAUGCUGGUGGAAUGACUAUGGACACGAAUACAGGUCUAGGAACUUCAGAUCUGAAUGACUUUAGUAAUUUGGAUAUGAUGGAUUUGAGAGAAUGGGCACCUUUCUCUCCCGGGUUGGGGUCGAAUCAUGGGGGAGGUGAUCUAUAA